AUGAAAUCUAUUUUAUUAUUAUCAAUAUUUUUAAUUUUUGUUUUUAAUAAUGAAUAUGCAAAUGCAAAUAGAAAUUCCUUAAAAUUACCAAUAUACACAAAACAAGCUUCAAAUCAUAUAAAUAAUAAUUUUAAUGAUUUAGCAUCAAACAAAAGAAUGGUUUCUACAAAAGAGAGAAAUGUUCCUAUUAAAUUGGAAGGUGAUAUAAUCCAACUAUUAAUAGAUGUUAAUGUUGGAGGAAUAAAACAACAAGUUGUAGUAGAUACAGGUUCAAAUUAUUUAGUGGUUCCAUCUGUAUAUUGUAGAAAUUGUGAACAACAGCGUCCUUAUUACCAACCAUCUAAAUAUGCAACUUUUAUGAAAUGCAAUGAUGAAUGCAGUAUAAUGGGUAAUAGUUGCACCAAUGUUCAAACACUUGCUGGAAUUGAACUUUUUUGCUCAUAUCAAGAAUCUUAUGUUCAAGGAACUGAAAUUUUAAAUUUAUUAGUACAGGACACUUUCAGUUUCAAUAACUACACAGAGAAUGUUAUGGCAACAUUCGGAAUCAUAGUUACUACACAAGGACACACUCUUAGAAAUGGUGUUUUGGGAUUAGGUAAAACUUGUAGAGGUUGUAGAAAAUCACCAACAGCAUCAAUUUUAGAGAAUUUAAAUCUUUCAAAUAGUUUUUCUUUGUCAUUUAAUGAAAACUUUCAAGGAACGUUGGUUUUAGGAGAUGCUGAUCCAAGUGACUUUGAUAAGAAUUUAACCUUUACAGAAAUGCUAACAAUAGAUGACUCUCAUUACGGUGUCCCCAUUAAAAGCAUUAUUGUUAAUGAUAGAUACUCUCCAAACUAUAUGUUAAUUCCACCAGAAUAUUUUGGUGAUUUUAUAUUAGAUUCUGGUGCAACAAUGACUUCACUUAAUGAACCUGCUUAUAAUUUAAUUGCAAAAUUUUUACAAAGAGACUGCAACCCUGGUAUGUGCCAUGAAAAUAAUUUUUUUAAUGGUUAUUGUUUUGAUUUCCCCGAUGAAUACUUUAAUACCUUUCCUAUUAUCAAUAUUGAAAUGGAAGGAGGGGCAUCAAUGAAAAUUGAACCAAAAAACUAUAUUUUUUCCAAUUAUGUAAAUGGAAUUAAAUAUCACUGUUUGGAUCAUUAUGUCCAUUUUGACAAUGAAAACGAAAAAAUAGGAAUUGCUAAAAGACCAUAUGGCUAUUCAUAUAAUAAUAACUUUUAA